GUCAUGUCAGAAAAAUUUUAGGUUAUGUUGUUUUCAUUUCAUGCAUGGUAAUUUCUAUCAUUGUGUUUAUUUCAAUUUUUUACAGCAGAUAGAAUGUUGAGAAAUAUAAAGUGGACUGAAUUGAGAGUAAUUUGAUAAAAAGCCCGAUUAGUUACUUUGAUCAUUUCGAUUUGAAUUGAAAUCAAGAUAAAUAAAUUAGGAGAAAACAAAGAAAACCAUACUUUUGAUAAAUACCAAACAUUGUUUAUUGAUUAUUUGAUAAGUACCUUGACAUUACAAAAUAUAUUUUUACCAUCAUACACUAUGUCGGAAAUUUAUAAACUUAUUCAUCCAGUUAAAUAUUUUAAUGAUUAUGUAUCGCGAAAUAUUCGCCCUGAUGGGAGAAAGUUUACUGAACAGAGAAACAUCAAAUUAAAUGUAAACUCACUCAAAACUGCAGAUGCUUCCACUGUAGUCAAGUGUGGUAAUACUACUGUAGUUUGUGGAAUUAAACUGGAAUUAGCAACUCCAAAAGCUGAACAGCCAGAUCAAGGUUUUAUAGUAACUAAUGUGGAACUCCCUCCAUUGUGUUCAUCCAAAUUUAAACCAGGGCCUCCUUCGGAUUAUGCUCAAGUAACAAGUUACUUAGUGUCAGAUAUCAUCAUUAAUUCAAAGUGUGUAGACUUGAAAGAUCUAUGUAUAACUUCGGACAAGCUGGCAUGGGUUUUAUAUUGUGACAUAGUGGUCUUAGAUAAUGAUGGUAGCCUAGUUGAUGCUUGUAUUAUGGCAUUGAUGGCAAGUUUAAAAACAGUUACACUACCUUCUGUAUCUUAUGAUAUUGAAACUGAAGAAAUACAAAUUGAUACCAGUAAUAGAAAACCUCUGAAGAUAUAUGGAUUGCCUGUAGCUAGUAGCUUCGCUGUUUAUAAACAAUUACAGAGUGAAGUGCUGUUAGUAGACCCAUCUUCAUAUGAAGAAGAAAUGUGUGGCGGCAUAGGUUCAAACUUCAUUGUCUGCUGCAACAAUGGACUGCUUUGUGGGAUACAGAAAUUUGGUGGCAGUGAUCUAUCCACUGCAUGCCAGGAUGAAGCACUCAAAAUCGCUAAAAAUAGAGCUAGCCUAGUUGAAGAAGUUAUUGAUACUUGUCUAAAAAAUGAACUUGAAAUAAAAUGAUUAUUAAUGACUAAAUUGA